CAUGCGCGCUCCCGUGCCAUGUAGAGGCGAAUGCGGCGCUGCAAGGAGGCAGACCCCGAGACUCGAGCCCCUCUUUUCAACACGAAAAUAACAUUCAUUUCGUCCUUUACGCGCGUCUUCCGAUUAUAAACAUUCAGCACUGACGCUGUAUGAUGCAGUGACCGUCUGGUCUGUAGAUGCCUGCAGGCUGUCAAUGCGUGGUGUUCCAGGAGCCAGUCUUUUAAGGAGACUUGUUUUGGUGUGAGCUGCUGACCACCCUGCAAGGCGGACCCUGCAUCCUAUAUCUGCCAGGGAGACAGCAGUUGCUGCACGAGCUUCACCUGAGCCCCGCCCCAUCCCCUCUUCCACUAUGGUGCUGUCACAGAGGCAACGUGACGAGCUAAACCGAGCGAUAGCCGAUUAUCUUCGUUCCAAUGGAUAUGAAGAGGCAUAUUCAGUUUUCAAAAAGGAGGCGGAAUUAGACAUGAAUGAGGAAUUGGAUAAGAAAUAUGCAGGCCUUUUGGAAAAGAAAUGGACUUCAGUCAUCAGAUUACAGAAAAAGGUGAUGGAAUUAGAAUCAAAACUGAAUGAGGCGAAAGAGGAGAUCACUUUAGGUGGGCCAAUUGGACAGAAGCGAGACCCCAAAGAAUGGAUCCCCCGUCCCCCUGAGAGAUACGCCCUGAGCGGCCACAGGAGUCCUGUCACCAGAGUCAUUUUCCAUCCUGUCUUCAGUGUCAUAGUUUCUGCCUCAGAGGAUGCAACAAUAAAGGUAUGGGACUAUGAAACAGGAGAUUUUGAGCGCACUCUUAAGGGCCACACAGACUCUGUGCAGGACAUCUCUUUUGACCAUACUGGAAAGCUGCUAGCCUCCUGUUCAGCAGACAUGACCAUUAAGCUCUGGGAUUUCCAGGGUUUUGAGUGCAUCAGGACCAUGCAUGGUGAGCAUAGCAUGUAGUAUCAGAUGUUUUCAU